ACUCAAUACAACUACAAAUAUUUAUUCUAAAGAUUCUUAAAUAUCUAUAUUACUUACACCAAGUACUCAGCUUUUAUCACAUAUUCAACAACAAUGGAUGCCCUCAAGAACUUCGCCAGCGGUAACUCGCAAAACACCGGCAACACCAAUGCCCAACAGACUGGCGAGAAGAAGGAUUUCGGAGAUAAAAUCGCCGGAUUCAUGAACAAGAAGCAGGGAGGUAAACUCUCCGACUCGCAACUGGAGAGCGGCACAGAUAAGGCUCGCAAUCUGUACGAGAAGGCGACUGGAAACAAAAUCAACUCUAAGAUUUCCAACUAGGUGCGAACAUUGCGCUGUCGAAUUAUGAGGGAGGAUAUGCACUUUGGAUAUAACAAUUAAUCAAUCCUUCACAUGGAAAAGCUACCAACAAAUAGCUACAGAGGGUUAUAACUGACAUCUGAAUUGUCCAGUAAUUCGUCGCUCCUUAAUCGAAGAAAGGGUAUAGAGCAAUGGGCUAUUAGUUAACCUAUCCAGGAAAGAUGGGCAUAUCUCUCAUAUCUCUCAUAUUUAAA